GUCCCUCGGACACAGCGGAUCACCGAUCACGGAAAGAGCCGAAGAUGUCGGCUCGGUCAUGUGAUCGGCUGUGUCCAAUCACAGCUGAUCACAUGGGACAUGUACACUGGUCAUCAGGGCACUGAUGAUCAGUGUGCCCUGAUGAUCAGUGUAGCCCCAGCAGUGCCACCUGUCAGUGUCCAUCAGUGCCUUGUGUCAGUGCUCAUCAGUGCCUCGUGCCAGUGCCCAUCAGUGCCACAUCAAUGCCACAUAUCAGUGCCUACCAGUGCACAUCAAUGCCACAUAUCAGUGCCCAUCUGAGCUGCCUUUCAGUGUCACCCAUCAGUGCCAGUCAGUGCCACCUAUCACUGCCAAUCAGUGCCACCUAUCAGUGCCAGUCAGUG